AUGACUGCAGUGACACACAGUCAGGACUACACUGUUCGUUUUCCUUUUGUUCCAGGCCGAUUCUUAGUUCCAGAAGAUAGGGCUCCUGUUCCAGAUACUCCUGCUGUUAAUGUAACUGGAUUGGUUGCUGGUAUUUCAGGGAAUGGAUGCUCUAGAGCUAGCAGUCGUAAAAGAAUAUGUGCUAAUGUUGGAAUGAGUGUCACCAUAAGGUGUGCUGUCGGCCCUGGUGAUACUUAUACUAUCACUGGCCCAGGGGAAUCAUCUAAUAAUGCACCACUAGCAUUUACUGUUGCUGAUAACAAUUAUGGUGAUUUUACUUGUACUUCUACUAAUCCCUGUGGCAGUGUCACUGAUACCAUUCGUCUGGAAAGAGCCGAUUGUCCUUUGCCUGAUGUGACUGUAUCUGUCCAAAGAGGUGAUGGUACUAUUGUAGAUUCUCCUUGCCUGCGUACUGAUAAUGAUUUGUUUGUUUCGUGUGCUGAUUCCCUCUCUGGCAGUACUGUAGCCUGGUAUAUUAAUGGAGCCCUUAUGAGUAAUACUGGGUCUAGACAGAGAGUCACUGUCUCUGGUAAUUAUACUUGUGUCAUGACUAGCACUUGUGGAUCUGUUGCUAGCACUACCUUUAUCAAAGAGGCUCCAACUGUUGCACCUGGGACUGGUAUUAUUGCUAAUCCUGGUAGUACCCAAGUCCCUGCUGGUACUAGGACCUGUAUCUCAAGAAAUGGUGUUGGAUAUUCAGUCCGUCUUGUCUGCAAUCUAUCAUACAACAACGAGUCAGUGUCUGAUGUUACUUUCUCUUGGUCUACUCCUGGAGGAGGCAGUCAAAGUGGUUCUGCCAUUACAGCUAGUUCUAUUGGAGACUAUACUUGCACUGCUAGUAAUCAGUGUGGAAGUAGUCAAGCAACAACUGAAGUUCUUGGUCGUAUAGUGCUGAUAAAAGGAGGAGCACAUACUCUUAUUGAGCAAACAAUUAAUAUUGGCUCGUGGCUCUGUAUCAAUUCAAACAAUUCAUUCACAGUCAACUGCAAUACAGCCUUUGGUACUAGUGUAACUAGAACAUGGCGUAAAAAUGACAGGGUUAUAAGUGGUGUCAAUGGUAGCAGUUAUACUGUUGGGCCUAGUGAUGUAGAACGCGGUUGGUGGCUCUAUUGUGAAGUUAUGAAUCCUUGUGGAAAGGAUGUGGCAUUUUCACCAAUUCUUGGUCGGACUCUUGUCACUAUUAGGGGAAGGAUUCCAGCUCUUAAUAUAUCAGACAAUGGAUGCAAUCGUCCCGGUAUAACCAGUACUUGUGCUGACCUUUGUCCUAUUGAGGGAGAGAGAGUUGAAAUUUCUUGUUCUUCUGGACGAGGAUACGUCAUCAGUGGACCUGGUGGAAUAAGUGUAGAUAGAUCUCUUUAUAUAAGGAACUUUCAUCCAUCAGACUCUGGUACAUAUUAUUGUGUAUCUACAUAUACUCACUGUAGUGCUGCAGCGGAUUCUAUAAUUAUCGGUAGACCAGGUGUGCCUCCUUCAAUCAGCACUUAUCCUCCUGGCAUACCAACUUUCACUCUACCUUCAACAAUAAUGAAUGCUACAAUCCCUAUUGGAUUUGCCAUCUGUUUAUUAGAGCAUCAGUUUGUCACCAUUGAUUGUAGUACUCAGAGUGGUACUGAGCCUAUUAAGUUUACAUGGACUGCUGCUUCGACUGGUAGUAGAGUAAUAGCAAGUGAAAUGAGAAUAACUGUUAAUAAUACUGACAUGUAUACUUGCAAUGCUUCCAAUGCAUUUGGUACUUCUACUGCCAGCUCUAUAGUUGAACAUACUCCUGCUGUUAAUGUAACUGGGGAAGUGGAGGGCAUUUUAGGGAAUGGAUGCUCUGGAACUGACAGUCGUAAAAGAAUAUGUGCUGAAGUUGGAUUGAGUGUCACCAUAAGGUGUGCUGUCGGCCCUGGUGACACUUAUACCAUCACCGGCCCAGGGGAAUCAUCUAAUAAUGCACCACUAACACUUACUGUUGCUGAUAACAAUUAUGGUGAUUUUACUUGUACUUCUACUAAUCCCUGUGGCAAUAUCACUGAUAUCAUUCGUCUGGAAAAAGCCGAUUGCUCUUGUUCUAUCCCCGAUGUGACUGUAUCUAUCCGAAAAGGUGGUAAUACUUGUGGUAAACAAGACAUUACUGUUAGUGUUAUUAAUAACUAAUUAUUUGUAUUUAUUCCUUAUUGUAAUUCAAUUGUUUGAGUUAGUUGUGUUGGCUGAGUAGAGUGAUUAUUACUUUUUUCUAAUAAUAUUAUUUGAUUGAAAUUAU